CCAGUUCACGCCAGAGCCCUGGGAAGGAAGCGUCUCUGUUGGAUCCGGCCCCUCCACGGGACUCUGAGGAAAAGCUACCACCAGGUAGACACCGUCUGUCACCAUGGGUAAAGGAGACCCCAGCAAGCCACGGGGCAAGAUGUCCUCGUACGCCUUCUUCAUGCAGACCUGCUGGGAAGAGCACAAGAAGAAACACCCAGACUCUUUGGUCAAUUUCGCUGAAUUCUCCAAGAAAUGUUCCGAGAGAUGGAAGACCAUGUCUGCGAAGGAAAAGUCGAAAUUUGAAGAUACGGCAAAAAGGGACAAAGCUCACUAUGACAGGGAGAUGAAAAAUUAUGUUCCUCCCAAAGGUGACAAGAAAGGAAAGAAGAAAGACCCCAAUGCUCCUAAAAGGCCUCUGUCUGCAUUCUUCCUGUUUUGUUCUGAACAUCGCCCAAAGAUCAAAAGUGAACACCCUGGUUUAUCCAUUGGGGAUACUGCAAAAAAAUUGGGUGAAAUGUGGUCUGAACAGUCAGCCAAAGAUAAACAACCAUAUGAACAGAAGGCGGCUAAGCUAAAAGAGAAGUAUGGAAAGGAUAUUGCUGCAUAUCGCGCCAAGGGCAAAAGUGAAGCGGGAAAGAAGGGCCCUGGUAGGCCUACAGGUUCAAAGAAGAAGAAUGAACCAGAGGAUGAGGAUGAGGAGGAAGAGGAGGAGGAGGAGGAAGAUGAAGAUGAUGAGGAAGAGGAGGAAGAUGAAGAAUAAACGGCUAUCCUGUAAUGAUAUGUGUGGAGUGUGCGUGUGUGCUCAGGCAAUUGUUUUGCUAAGAAUGUGAAUUCAAGUGCAGCUCAAUAUUAGCUUCAGUAUAAAAACUGUACAGAUUUUUGUAUUUUGUAUAGAUAAGAUUCUUUGUAGAGAAAAUACUUUUUUAAGAAUGCAGGUUGUAGCUUUUUGAGGGGCUACUACAUACAGUUAGUAAAGCUUCU